AUGUCGCCACCACCACUUCAAGAACCUCCUUCACGACACAACAGCGACAUGGCUAUGGCUGAGCAGAGCAGACAGAGUAGGAUCUCAGAACACAUGGCACGAUCCUCAGGAGUUCCCCCCAGAUUACGAAAUGAUGUAUUGACAUCAGAAUCCUGGGUCGAGAUAGCCUCACAACCCUCCUCCUCCUCCCUUUCCUCCAUCGGCGAUGAGAUCGUUACCACUGGCCUCCGUGUAAACCCCAAUACCCAUACCCGAACCCACCGACGCAGACGUGUACAGCCCGGCAUACCUUCUCGUAUGGGUCUGGAAGCCCGGCAGACCAGCACAAGCAGUCAGGAGGAAUACGAAGAGAGCGAGAGUGAAGAAGAAGAAGACCACGACCACGUUCUCACCAGCUCCAACGAGCAUAUCAACCCAUCAUACUCCUCCGACUCGGACGAUGAAGACGACUCUACGGCCCUCGGCCGCCGAACUACAGAGCCAGCCUUCACGCCCCAACCAAACGCAUUUUCCCAUCCUCCUUCAUCGCGACCCCAAGUCCCAGGCUCUUAUUUCCCUCCCUCCUCCACUGCACCACGAAACAUAAACCCAUACGCUUCCAGCAGCAGACGCCAGCAAUCCUACAACGCAACCGACCAUGACGCCGCCCUUCGCGCAUCCCUCACAACGCUGCUCUCAAUCGGUGCCGCCGCUGCGAGGGGCAAGCGCGCUGCUACCAAUCCCACACCAACAAGCGCAGAGCCAAUGGGUUUACGCCUUGUUCCCGAGUCCCAGCUCACUGGCGCGGUACAACCCAACAGUUCCCGUCCGCUUUCUCCCUCUACGCGUGCUAGAAGCAGUCCAUCGAUAUCGUCACAAGAGGCCAUUGAAAAGGGCAAGAGAAAAGCUGCUGCGAGUGGGGAGAAGACCAAACGGCGGAAGAAAGUGGCUGUUGCUGAGGCGGGCGACGAAAGCACUCUUUUUACCUGGGUACUGAGUGCCGGCGUGCUUGUUCUGGUCUCAGUGGUGGGCUUUGGCGCCGGCUAUGUUAUUGGACGCGAGGUUGGGAGGCAGGAAGUUAGUGGCUUGGGCUUUUCUGAUGGGGGGAGUUGUGGACGGGAGGCUAUGCGUGGGAGUGGUAGCCUGAGGAGGUUUAAGUGGGGGAUCGGUGGUGGUGGGAAGAGUGUAGUUGCUUGA